UCACAGAGGAAGCUAGCAGUAGCUAGCCGCUUCCAAAUCUAAAUAUUCCAUUAACGGACAAAUAUUAACUUUUUUUUUAAUCGGAACAUCUUCAUUAAGCAGCUUCCAGAACCAGAGCGGUGCUGCAUUCAGGGUCCAGAACCAGAGCGGUGCUGCAUUCAGGGACCUCAGAGCUCUGUGAUUGGCUGGGAGCAGCAGCUCUGAUCAGGGUCGAGGAUGUGUGUAGUGUCUGUCUGAUCAGAACCAUCUCCAGAACCGGGCCAUGUCACGGCACAGCAAGCUGCAGAAGCAGGUCCUGGCUCUGUACCGCCACUUCCUGCGGGCUGGGAAGGACAAACCGGGUUUCCUGCCCAGAAUCCGGGAUGAGUUCCGGGAAAACGCGCGCAUCAAGAAGACGGACGUGAUGCACAUCGAGUACCUGUACCGCCGCGGCCAGCGGCAGCUGCAGCAGCUCAGGGACGCCAACACCAAGCAGCUGGGCUCCUUCUCCAGAGGCAGCGAGCCGGGCUGACCAACAGAACCACCAGAACCAUUAAUGCAUACCUCACUGACUGGACCAGAACCUGCACACAACAUGAAACCUGCUACUAUAGAAGAAACUUUUCUCUGCUACUCAGUAAAAUAUUUAACCAGCAGCAGAUCCGUCAGAAUCCAGAAGUUCUGCUGGUUCUGGAAGGUCAGAGGUUCUGGUUCCUGCUGCGUACCGAGUCAGAGUCACGUCCUGUCACCUAAUUUAUUAUAACACAAGAUCAAAAAUGAGAAAAAAACAACUUGAUUCUGUUGGAACAGAUUCAUCAGAACCAUCAGCUGCUUCCCCGGUUCUGGUUCUGAUAUUUAACAAGUAAAAUCUCUGAGAAUCUUAAAUCAGCUUAGAUAUUAAAUAAUUGAGCUUCUCAUCUGCUAGUAUCUCCAGAUUUAUGGGAUGGACCUCUGUGAUUUCAGUUUCAAUAAAAUAUUGAUGUUUAUCAAUUUA